GCUCUCUCCUUUUUCUCCACACACCCACCUCUCCCCCACAGCAGCCAUCUCCCCCACAGACACUGGGAUAAGAGGCAGGAAGGCGGAGUUGGGGACUGAGGGAUCAGAAACCCCACAGUGCCCUGUAUCUGAAGGAAGAGCUGGCCAGGGGCAGCUGAGUUGGCUCAGACUCUUCUCCUGCUGCUGCCUCCUACAGCACGAUGCUGGGGACUCUGGGGGUCUGGGCAUUGCUCCCCACAGCCGUGCAAGGAAAUGUGUUGCGUCUCCUUUCGGCGGCUGCUUUUGCCAGCGCAUUCACUCCCUUCUCGAACCCUCCCCGCUCACCACCCUGGGCCUCAGCACCCCCAAGCAGACGGACCUGUGUGUUCUUUGAGGCCCCCGGAGUGCGGGGAAGCACAAAGACACUGGGGAAGCUGCUGGAUGCAGGACCAGGGCCCCCCAGGAUUAUCCGCUGCCUCUACAGCCGCUGCUGCUUCGGGAUCUGGAACCUGACCCGAGACCAGGCACAGGUGGCGAUGCAAGGCUGUCGAGACAGUGAUGAGCCAGGCUGUGAGUCCCCCCAGUGUAACCUGAGCCUCAGAGCCCACCCUAGCCCAGGCUCCACUCUCUUCACCUGCUCUUGUGGCAAUGACCUCUGCAAUGCCAACUACAGCCACCUGCCCCCUCUGGGAAGCCCUGGGACUCCUGGACCCCAGGGUCCCCAGGCUGCACCAGGCGAGUCCAUCUGGAUGGCCCUGGCGCUGUUGGGGCUGUGCCUCCUUCUGCUGUUGCUGGGCAGCAUCGUCGUGGCCCUCCUGCAGAGAAAGGCCUGCAGAGCGCCAGGUGGACCAGAGCCGGAGCUGGAGCCAGACGGAGGCUGGAGUGCGGGGCUGCCGGAGCUGCCAGACCUGUGCUUCUCCCAGGUAAUUUGGGAAGGACGUCACGCAGUGGUGUGGGCUGGGCGGCUGCAAGGCGAGCUGGUUGCCAUCAAGGCCUUCCCCCGGAGGGCAGUGGCCCAAUUCCGAGCUGAGAGAGCUUUGUACGAGCUGCCAGGCCUACAGCACGACCACAUUGUCCGCUUUAUCACAGCCAGUAGGGGCGGACCUGGCCCCGGGCCCUGCGGCCCCCUGUUGAUCCUGGAACUGCACCCCAAGGGUUCCCUGUGCCACUACUUGGCCCAGCACGCCAGUGACUGGAGAACCUCCCUGUGGAUGGCACUGUCCCUGUCACAGGGCCUGGCGUUUCUCCAUGAGGAGCGCUGGCAGGAUGGUCAAUAUAAACCAGGCAUCGCCCACCGAGAUCUGAGCAGCCAAAACGUACUCAUUCGGGAGGAUGGGUCGUGUGCCAUUGCAGACCUGGGCCUCGCCUUGGUGCUGCCCGGCCUCCACCAGCCCCCCACCUGGACCCCUCCUCAGCCCCGAGGCCCAGCUGCCGUCAUGGAGGCUGGCACCCAGCGCUACAUGGCCCCAGAGCUCUUGGACAAGACUCUGGACCUGCAGGACUGGGGGGCGGCCCUCCGGCAAGCUGACGUUUACUCUUUGGCUCUGCUCCUGUGGGAGAUCCUGAGCCGCUGCCCAGACUUGUGGCCUGACAACAGUCCACCACCCUUCCAGUUGGCCUAUGAGGCAGAACUGGGCAGUGCCCCCACCACCUGUGAGCUGUGGGCCUUGGCGGUGGAGCAGAGAAGGCGCCCCUACAUCCCAUCCACCUGGCACCGCUUAGCCACAGACCCCAGUGGCCUGAGGGAUCUGCUGGAGGACUGUUGGGAUGCAGACCCAGAAGCCCGGCUGACAGCUGAGUGUGUGCGGCAGCGUCUGGCAGCCCUGGCCCAUCCUCAGGAGGCACACCCCGACCCGGAGGGCGGUGCAGACAGCUGCCCUCCUCUCCACCCCAGAGACUGACUCUCAACUCCUCCCCGAUGGCAUGCUCCCUUGUAGGCCUCAGCCCAGGGUCUGCCACUUCAGUGGCAGAAACAAGGCCCUUGGUUCAGGAAUCCUCAGCGUAACCGCCCCGUUGCUCACGUGUACAUGUGUGGGUAAUGUGUAGUCCACGUGCGUGCAAACAUAAACAGUGUCUGCUCUGCCUUGCCGACUCGCUGAGUGUUUGGACCCUUCAGUGGGCAUCUGGUCCACUGCAGUCCUGACCAGAGCCUGGGGGUAGGUGUGCACAGGGAAGAAAUGGGGGCCCCUCCUGUGAGCCCAGGCUUCCCCUGACUCUCUUCUUUUCUCCUCCCUCCACAGCCUUUAUUUGGUGGGGUUUCAUACUGCGCACUGAUGAAUACCAUGAAAUUAUAUUCUCUGAAAGUGCUCAGAGACCCACAAUUCACUUUGUUGGGGUCUGUGCAGUGUCCUGGCGAGUGUCCCCUCUUGAAGCUUGAGUGGGAAGGCCUCACAGCACAGGAUGCUGGCGCUGGGUCUUGAAUGAGCAGUUGUCCGGCAGUGUUGGGGGCUGUAGGGCACUUCUGCCUGUAGUACCAUGUAGUGUGAAGGAAAGUAAUCUGGGUAACAAAAGUGUAGGGCGUGUGGUGAGGAGAGAGGGGAGAUGAUGUGGAAAACUGUAGGAGAGGUCCUGGGAGCCGUGGUAAGAAGAUCUCCCUAUAUUUCUUUCUUUAAAAAAAAAUAAUUUAUCUAAUUUAUUUAUGCAUAAAAGAACUGAGGUGAAGGCCAGAGGUACAGGGGUGGUGGUGAAAGGACUCACCAGAGACAGAGUGGGGAGCAGAACAGCAGAUCCACUGAAAUACAUUGCUGAGGGGAGCAGCUGGCCAUACAGGAGAGGUCAGGCAUCAAACCCAUGUCACAGUGGCUGGCAACAGCCUGACAUGCUGAAACUUUAAUCCCUGCGCCCCCAGGGAGGCCCUCCCUUCAUUUCUUGUCAAUGUUUUUUCUAUGAUUACCCACACACACACACUUAGGCCCCCUUAACACUGGCUGCUCCUCGCCUGCAUAUUUUAUAGCCCUAGCUCAAUUUCUAACUCAUGCCCUUAGCAAGUUUCUUCCUCUUUCUUUCUCACCCUGCUUUAAGUGUUGAUUCUGGGUGGAAAGAAAAGGCGACAGGUCGUAGAUAGCACCUGACUUCCGUGGACACUCUACAAACAGUGCCGCUGUGACAGUGUUGGGAUGAUCUCUAGGCCCUUGCUAGCCUCGUUGUUGUCAAGUUUACCCUCUAGAAAGCCUGUCCACUCUCAAGCUCUGAUGUCUCACACCCUUAAGAUGGCUCACCUUCUUUCAGACCCUGAUCUUCAAUUCUCUACCUGACAGCGCUGCUGGAUAGGCUGCUGGAUAGGCAAUGAAGACAUUAUACCCAAGCCCCUUCUCUCACCAAUGAGGCUCCCUAACCCGCUUCCUCUUGGUCCUUGAGGAUCCAACAAAGAAGGUGUUCUUGUCCCCUCCCCCCACGUGGGGUCAGUUCUCGAGUUCCCCUGAGGCUGCCUGGCGGGGCCUGCUCUGGGCACCACCUCAUCCCAUCCUCCUAGGCGUGGCAGGUCUGCCAUGGCCUCUUGGCCACCUGUACUUCCCUAGUCUAGGUUAAACACAGUCUGGAUAAUCUUCAAACAUGACUUUUCACUGGGUCUUGCCUCUGGCCAACCACCUACAUGACAACACUGUGAGAGCCACUCACAGAGGAGGAAAUCGGGGGCUCAGAGGGGUUUGGAAAUGUGUCCCAGGUCCCAAGAUUUUAAAUAACAGCUCAGGGCUUUUGGGUCAUUAAAAACAAUGUUUGGGCAUCCCUAGUGGCGCAGGGGUUAAGUCUCAGUACUAUUAAGCUAUCACCAGCCACUAAGGCCUGAGUUUGUUCCCUGGCCAGGGAGGUGACCCACAUGGUGCAGCAGACCUCUCCUUUCUCCCCGCUGCUCUCACCCCCCUUACACCUCUGGCUUACACCCCAUUUCUUAUAUGCAUAAACAAAUAAAUCCUUAAAAACAAACACUAAUGCAAUCUAAUUCAUAAUAAGCAUGAUUCAUCAAGGUAACAAAUAUACUAAGUUAAGAUGUUACUAACAGGGAGAGCUGGGUGUAGGCAAAAUGAAAAACUACAUUACCUUCUCAAAUUUUUUUUAGAGAUUUAUUUAUUCAUACAAGAAUGGGGGUACAGGCUAGAGGUGUGGGGGGUGAGAGGAUUCACCAGAGACAGAGUGGGGAACAGAAAAGGCAGACUGUC